GGGACGUCGGCAGGCGCUGUCGCCAACGUCUCGCCGCCGGGCCUACAUUGCCCAGCAGGCCCCGCGGCUUGCUGGAAGUGACGCCUUGUGGUAUCCGGUGUAGCCAUGGAGGACUCCACGCAGAAUGGACGCAUGCCGGGCGAGGCCGGUGGCGGAGCUGUGCAAUUUCUGAUGGCUAACAAGUUGGAUACAGCAAUGUGGAUUUCCCGCUUGUUCACAGUUUACUGCUCUGCUUUAUUUGUCCUGCCUCUUCUAGGGUUGCAUGAAGCAGCAAGCUUUUAUCAGCGUGCCUUGCUGGCAAAUGCUCUCACUAGUGCCCUCCGACUACACCAAAGGCUACCCCAUUUUCAGCUUAGCAGGGCUUUUCUGGCCCAGGCUUUGCUGGAGGACAGCUGCCACUACCUAUUGUACUCUCUUAUCUUUGUGAAUUCCUACCCUGUUACAAUGAGUAUUUUUCCAGUUCUGCUGUUCUCUUUGCUUCAUGCUGCUACAUAUACGAAGAAGGUUCUUGAUGCACGAAGUUCAAACAGCUUGCCCUUUCUGAGAAAUAUUUUGGAGAAACUGAAUGCUAAUCAACAGAAUAUUCUGAAAUUCAUUGCUUGCAAUGAAAUCUUCCUGAUGCCAGCUACGGUUUUUAUGCUGUUCAGUGGGCAAGGGAGUCUGCUCCAGCCAUUCAUUUACUACAGAUUUCUUACAUUACGCUAUUCUUCUCGGCGGAAUCCAUACUGUCGGACUCUCUUCACUGAGCUGAGGAUUGUUGUUGAACACUUAAUAAUGAAGCCCUCGUGCCCUGUUUUUGUAAGAAGACUAUGCCUCAGCAGCAUUUCCUUUAUAAGCAGAUUGGCACCAACUGUUGCAUAGCCAAAUUUCAGGCACUUGUGUCUUGUGAACAUUAUGAGCAGCUAGCACUUCUGCUGAUGAUUAAAAAUUCCUGGUUUUACACUGAUCUCACUCCAAGCUGUAUAAGAAUAUAUAUAUGCUUUUCUGGAGAUAAUAUGAAAUUUAGCAUAUCAAAAGCAAGUCAUGGAAACUUAAAAUUACUGUGCUGUGUUGCUAAUUGGUGAAAAAAGUAGCUGCAUCCUAUCUAAAACAUGCCCAGUCAUACAGAAUUAGUUUUUUAAGAAUCGACAGUUGUUUGAGGCUGUUUAAAUCUUUAAGGUCUGUACUCAGUAGGUUUAUGUUAGUUGGAACUAUAGCUGCUAUAGGAUGUCUCCAGUGGAUAGCAGUUUGUAUACAUAACUAUGCAGUACAUUUUGGACAGUAUUUUUCCGCUUCCUAAAUUUAUCUGUAGAACCAUUUCAUCUAAAUUACUAUACUCAGUGUAAAAUUAUGACCCACUUUGAAUUUAACAAAAGGGAUUAAAAUCUAUGAAGCUGACAUAGUUAACACCUUUUCUGAAGGAGGAGUUAUUUUUAUUAAUACUACUUAAAAGAACUUUUCCAAGUUUCUACCUUGUGACAUGGUCUUACAUCAUGUUGUUGGAAGAAGUCUCAGGACUGACCACAGAAAACUCUGCAGUUUUCUUGUCAUAACAAAAUGUUUUACCAAGCCAAAUUGCUGACCUGUAGGCUUUUCAGACAAAGAUGCAAUGCUUAAACUUUUAGCCAUCUCUUACAUUUGCUAAUCAAUGUAAACGAAGUAACUUUUGAAGAAUCAUUGCAGAUUUGUCCUUGUGUCUACAGAAAUGUGAGACUGCAGUAAUUCAAGCAUGUCAGCUUUUUAGAAAAUUAAUCUGUAGCUAGCUCAGUUUCUGAGACUCUCAUUGUGAUGGGAAAUUUGCAUAAAGGAUUGCACCUGUUUAGGCAGCUUCUGAAACAAAUGAGUGUAGGAUUUCUUGGCAUAAAUCCAUCCGAUGACUGAUCUGAAGCCAGUGUCAUGACUACAGACGUGAAUAUUAACUUGAUAGCUGAUUAUGCAUUCAUCCAGCAGCUGAAAGGUAGGUAGUGGGGGGGUGGGAAUAAAAAAAAUCUGUCUGACCACAACUUGUUUCCAUAAAUUCAGGGCAAAGCAUUUGCCGACUCUUGUGUAAUUAAUGUUAGUAUUCUAAUUGCAUAAAAUUAAAUGGGUUUCAUUGGCCUUUUGUAAACUCCUAGAGCACUGUACUUAACCACUCUUCCUUCUUCAGAGAAGUUUUAUGUAAAACAGUUUUGAAAACAGUCUUGAAGCAAAGUAUUUUUCUGUAACUAUUGAAUUACCUUGUUUUUGAUGUGGUUAUUAUUCAGACUUUCCGGUUGUAUUAGUUUGUUAGAUCAGAGCCAUGUAUUUAUAGACUUCUUUGGUUUUUGCUCAACCUCUUGGUACUGACAAACCAAUUGGUAAUCGAAUGUGAUAUUCUUUGACUACUUGUCUUGCUCUCUGAACAUGAUUAGCUAUUUGUAAAACACUUGCACACUGCAAAAGCAACUGCAUGCAGUAAUGCUCUACGGCUGCUAAAGACUUGCAAUGAGAUUCACUAUAUGUAUAUCCUGUAAUUUGAGGAUUUUAUAAAAACUAAAAUUUCUACUGCAAUAAAAGGAGUGUUAAAUGUAA